UCCACUGCGCAUGCGCACUGCUGUGUCCGCGGCUCAUUCGGAACCGGAGCGGCGGAGCGGAGGAUCUCCGGGACUCCUCUUACCGACACGGGCUACUACAGCACGCCUCACGCGCCGAGCUCGCAGGAACGGCGUCGAGUCUCUCCACCUCUCGGUGAGAAGAUGUCUGAGGAGGUGGUGCGUCAGACUCGCAGCCAAAAGAGGGCCCUGGAACGGGAGACUCCUGCUGCCCUGGAUGGAGACACUAAGAGAGUAAAGGUGGAGAGGGGAGAGCUUGGGUCAGGAAAAGUUGCCAGCAUCCUGAAUGCUGGCGAAGUGAAGGCCACCAUUAAAGUGGAAGUACAAGCAUGCGAUGAACCUGUGGACAUGAGCACAUCCAAGAGUGAAGUGAAGAAGGAAAGGCCACCGACGCCGGAUGAUGUAAUCGUUUUGUCUGACAACGAGCCCUCCAGUCCGUGUAUGAACGGGAUUAGCCACACCAUCAAGAAAGCAGACACAGAAAUGCUGAUGAAGAGCAGUCCUGAGGAGCGCCAGAGCAUUAUCAAGCAGCUGAAGGAGGAGCUGCGUGUGCAGGAGGCCAAGCUGGUCCUGCUGAAGAAGCUGCGACAGAGCCAGAUCCAGAAAGAGAGUGUGGUGCAGAAGACGGCGAAUUCAACAGCCAACCCUCCACCUCUAGUAAGAGGCAGCAUCUCAUCCAGCAAAGGACCCCUACAGGUGUCGUCUAAUCGAAGCUCAGGCACAGUCAUCCCUCCUCCUCUGGUCCGAGGGGGAGCGCAGGCUUCCAAACAUGGCUCUAUAGUGAUGCCACCCUUAGUCAGAGGAUCACAGCCCAUUGCUGUGACUCCUCAGCAGAUAGCCACACUGCGGCAGCAACAGCAGCAGCAACACUCUGGCUCAGGACCUCCUCCCCUGCUGCUGGGCCCUCGCACAUCUGUGCCCAACGUCCAGGUGCAGGGCCAGAGGAUCAUCCAGCAAGGCUUGAUCCGGGUGGCUAAUGUAGCCAACACCAACGUCCUGGUCAACAUCCCACAGGGUUCACCUACUGCCUUGAAGGGCUCUUCUUCCCAGUCAGGCAUUAGCACCAACGCCUCCGCAGUCAACGCCAAUGACUCUCCGGCCAGCCGACAAGCUGCUGCCAAGCUGGCCCUGAGGAAGCAGCUCGAGAAGACCCUGUUGGAGAUUCCUCCUCCAAAACCCCCUGCACCAGAGCUCAAUUUCCUGCCCUCUGCUGCCAACAAUGAGUUCAUCUACCUAGUGGGGCUGGAGAUGGUGGUGCAGAACCUUUUGGAUUUGGCCAAGAGCAAACAGCAGGCACAGCAGGGCACCUCUGCGAAGGACCCAUACACGUGUGCACAGUGCCAGACAGACUUCACCUCACGCUGGAGGCAGGAGAAGGGCAACAACACCAUCCUGUGUGAGCAGUGCAUGAGCUCCAACCAGAAGAAAGCCCUAAAGGCAGAACACACCAACCGACUAAAGGCUGCCUUCGUCAAGGCCCUGCAGCAAGAGCAGGAGAUCGAGCAGCGCAUCCUUCAGCAGGCUGCUUCGCCCAGCCCCAAGACCUCUUCGUCCUCCUCAUCCUCAUCCUCACCAGUAGUGAAGUCUGAACAGCAUGUGCUGGUGUCGCAACAUUAUAAAACAGCUCGUGCCUCUCUGCCCCAGCAAGCCAGCAGGGCGGUGACGGCCAACCGCUACCACUCCGGCACCAUCAAGCAGAGUCCAGGCCAGCUGUCGCGGAGCAUGCAGCAGGCAGUGGUCAGUGCGAGCUCCCGCGGCCUGAGUCACGGCUUCUCCACGUCCUCUCAGCUGCAGAAUGCUGUCACAGCCGCUGCGCUGGUCAGCAGACCAGGUAAGCAUGCCGUGAGGGCGGGGUCAAAAGGCAACAGCGGCAGUAGCAGCAGCAGCAGUAACCCCGCCGCCAGUGCAUGGAGGAAGCAGAACAGCAGCAUCACAGGUGUCACCAUGGCCUAUGUCAACCCCAGCCUGUCUGUACACAAGACGACCUCUCCAGUGGACCGCCAGCGAGAGUACCUUCUGGACAUGAUCCCCUCACGCUCGAUCUCUCAGACAACAAACACAUGGAAACAAUAAUGUCUCCUCCUUCCACUCUUUACUGAAAUGAUCUCGCAUUACUAUUAUUCAAGUUUAUUUUGGACAGCAGCUGGAUAUCCAGAUCAGAUGACCAGCUAUCAAGCAAUAAUACAACAACAAAACCUUUUUUUCUCUGCUUAUUUGGAGACCCUUAGUCUCAGAGUCUUGAGAUCCUGAGAUCUGAGUUUUGAGAGGGUCCUGGGUCAUGAAUCAAUGUUGGCAGAGAGUUUUGAGGACCUCUUUUUUUUUUUUUUUUAAAGAAGAGGCCGUGUGUGAAUAAUUAAGUCUGUUCACUGCUCCAUGAAAAGGUGGCAGUAAUCAGUGAUUCUACCACUUCCACGCUGAUAGUGAUGACUCCCACCACCACCACUAUUUCCUCCCACUGUCUGGUUCAUCUCUACAUCUGGUUGUGGCUGCUAAUGGCUCUACAGGGGAAAGGGUAGAUUGUCAUGGUGUACUGAAAGCUGAAUGAUGGAGCUCCUCUGUUUUAGUGAACCUGUCGUAAUAGCUUCUUCCUGAAGGAGAAGAGGAGCCCAGCCCAAACUUCACAGAAAGCCAGGAAGUCUGUACAAAGUUUGUACUUUGUGGACCUUCUGUGAGUGCUUCAGAUUCAAAUUUCCGCAGAACACAGUGGAGAGGUGCUCUGCCUGGAAAAAAACAGCUAUUUGGGAAUACAAGUAUGUAAUUCUGAUGAUGUCGCUUUUUUUUUUUUUUUUUGCUUACUUUGUGGACUCAUUCCACCUCAACUUUUUGAUCUGUCCUUUUUCGAGGGCUGAAGUUAAGAAUAAAAAAAAAAAGUAAAAAAAAAAAUAGUAGUUAUACUGUUGAGGUGGUUUUACAUCUGCCAGUUUAGUGUGUAUUUUUAAAUACUGAAAUUCUUUUUCGUAAACUUAACACGGAAAAAAAAUGUAACAGAGAUUUUUUUGUGUGUCGGGGGGAGGAAUACGGGAUUAAUGAAAUGCCACAAUGCAAACCCCCCCCCCCCAAACCUGGACAUGAUGGCAUGGAUUUGCAGAGGAGUAGGGGUACGGAUGGGACUUCUUAUGAAGCUCUAGGUUAAGUUUGUGGUGUGCUUUUUCUUUUCAUUUUUUUUUUUUUUUUUUUUUUUUGUUUUUUGUUUCAUGCUUUUAGGUUGUUGUCUACACGGGGAUAUUUAAAACUGUACACCUGCAAACUUCACGUACAAUGAAGGAAACUCCAGUGGCCCAAAUUUAGAACUGCUAGAUCACCUGCAUUUUCUCCUUUAGUAUUUUCAAAUAGGAUCAGUUGAAGAUUACAGCAAACAACAACAGGAACUACUAUUGUUUUCUUUAGAAAAAAAAAAACUGUCAGAAGAUUAACAGUGGUACCUCUAUUGUCUCUUCCCCCCUAAAGUACAUUAGUACGUAAGAUUCUAGCCAAUGUUUGGUCGUCUUUGACCGUCAAACUCUUAAUCCUCGAUCGUUUCCUUUAGGGCCGCAGCCGCCUGAGAGAUGUGGAGGCCUCAGUUUCACACUGCUGUUCUGACUACUGCCUGCUGCUGCUGAGAACUAACACCAUUCCAUUGUCCAGGGAUGUUGGCGCUAUUUGCUGCCCUGCGUCCCUUUUAUGAAUUGUACAAAAAAGUUCCCCUUUUUUCCAUUUAUUUUUGGUCUAUCAGUUAAUGAUUAUAAUAAAAACUAAAUUUAA